AGGCGCUUCAGAACGUAGGUUCUAGCCUCUGUACCGAAAAUGCUCCUUCGCUACACCGUUACUGGAGAGCGGACGGAUGCGCGUGGAAUUCUCCCGCUCUUUCGGCAGUAAUAAUAUUUGCUUUCUGUCGCUUCGUCUUUCACAUUAUAUGUUAUAUGCUAGGUCUUGUUGACCACCAAUCUUUUAUUUGUAUAAUUGUUUGGGGUUUGACUUAGCAACCACAUGCCCGGAGUGGUGCGUGCGUAGUAACGCGCUUGGAAAAUCACCACCUCAGCCAAAGUGAAGUGAGGUUUGGUAUAAUUUCCUGUUGCACGAUGACUUCAGGCUAUUGAAGAACAUCCUGUUCGUCCUCCUGUCUGUUCCACACCCUCUCACCAGCCUUCUCUUCUUCAAUGGGGUCCCGCAGCCAAGGUUUCUUCCACCACCACCACCAACCCCACCGCAGCUCCGUGGUGCCAACGGCCAUGCCCAGGCUCCUCCAGGAGAGCAGCAGCCUGCUGGGGGGCAUCGCCCAGAUCACCCCCAAUCUCUUCCUGAGUCGGGGCAACGUGGCGUCCAACCGCAGCCUGCUCCUCUCCAAGGGCAUCACUUGCGUGGUGAACGCCACCAUCGAGCUGCCCAACUUCAACUGGCCCCACGUGGAGUACGUGAAGGUGCCCCUGGCCGACAUGCCCCACUCACCCCUCUCCCUGUACUUCGACAGCGUGGCCGACAAGAUCCACAGCGUGGGGCGCAAGCGGGGGGCCGUGCUGGUGCACUGUGCCGCCGGGGUGAGCCGCUCCGCCUCCCUGUGCCUGGCCUACCUCAUGAAGUACCACCGCGUGUCCCUGGCCGAGGCCCACGCCUGGGUCAAAGCCCGCCGCCCCGUCAUACGGCCCAACGGCGGCUUCUGGCGGCAGCUCAUUGAAUACGAGAGGAAGCUGUUCGGCAGGAACUCUGUAAAGAUGGUGCAGACGCCCUACGGGGUGAUACCUGAUGUCUACGACCGGGAACGUAGGAACCUGGUGCCCUACUGGGGUCUGUAGGCAUCGUCCCCCCUUCGUCCCCCCCAUCGUCCUCGCCACAGGGAGAGGAAGAGAGGCAGAGGAGGGAGGGAGAGAGCUGUGGUCGAUUGUGUUGUCUGUCCAGGCUGCAGGUUCAUGCAUGUUCCCCCGGCCAGAGAUGCAAAGUGUGAGUGUCUGUCUUUGUGAAGCUUAAUUAAUGAGUUCUGGUGCUUUUGGAUGGAGGAAGUCAGAUCAGUCACCGCAUUGCAGACUGGUUACUGGUGCUACCACUCUGCACUGCACCCAGCCCACCCUUCUGUCUGGGAGACAAGGCCACCUCAAGCUAAGUAUGGCGUGGACCAGAGCAGCGCCCGGAUCACAGAAAGGCAUGGCACCGCGAUCAAGUACCCAGACUGUGAUGAUGGCAGCCGUGCUUGGACCCCAGUUAGCAGGAGCGUUCUGGGAAGGUGUGGGCGGCGCUUAAAGACCCAGCAAUCCUGACAGUGGAGCGACUCGCUGAAGUUCUUUUUCCCGACGUAACGUCACGUGAUGGUAUUGUGCCAGUUUUGCUGUUGUCUUUGAUGUAAGGGGCGGAAGUCUGUCUCAAUUUAUGGUAGCAUUUACAAUACUUACAACUGUACAUAAAAAAUAAACAUUUUGACUUAUUCUCAUAAAAGUUAUUUAAAGUCAUGAAAUAUAUAUGGGAAAAAUAUGGAAAUAAGAUGAGGUGUUCUAGUGCACUUUAAGAUAUAAAAAAAAGAUUAAAAGAUUACUAUAUUAAGAUAUAGUAUUAUUACGAUUUAAAACUAGAUAUUAAGAUUGAAAGAAGACUGUGCAGAAGUUUGCUAUUAUUUGCUUUGUGCUGUUUAGAGAGAUGUCUUCCUCAAGCUUGAGGACAAUGGUGUGUCAAGGGGCCACAGGGGGACGUACUUUUAAUGACCCUCGUCUAGAUGAUGUCUUAGUGAAUGAAGUUCUGAAAAAAACGAGUUCAAGCAAGAAUUUAAUAUCCUGUGUACUCUCUGUACACUUGGGGGCAAGAGGUUGUCUGAAAUUAUUCUCCUUUGCAGACACAAAGCUUUUCUAAUAUGGCAAAUAUGACUGUAGCAGAUAACCCUGUCCACGGCACAGGCAUUCUCAGCAGUAAGCCAAGCUUACAGGAAUUUGGUUUUGUUUUUUGCCCUGCGGCAAUGAUAUUCCAAUGUAAUAAGUUAACCCAUGCUACUGUUUGUGUUGAAAACCCGUAAAAAAAAUAAAACA